GAUAGUUUCAAGGCUCGGCCGUCGCCAGUGAGGAGUAAACAGAUUGCAACAAAAAUCUGCUCGAAGCACCUCAAGACACACGAUGGUCCGUUACGCUGGAGCCGCCCUCGCCACCAACCCCGCCACCACCUCCCGCGCACGGGGUGAGUACCUCCGGACGCACUUCAAGAACAUGCGUGAAGUCGCCGCCGCUCUUUCUGGCAAGUUGAAGCUCACCAAGGCGUACACCUACCUGGCCGAUGUCAAGGAGCACAAGCAGAUCAUCCCUUCAGGCGCUUCGCAGGUGGUGUUGGGCGGGCUAGCCAGGCAAAGCAGUUCAAGGCGACGCAAGGUGUGUCGUUGGCCCGAAAAAUCCGUCAAGUUCAUCUUGCGCCUGUUGAAGAACGCCGAAUCGAACGCUGACGCGAAAAACUUGGAGCUGGAGGACUUGUACAUCAAAAACAUCGUUGUUCAGCAAGCCCCGGGCCACCCGACACACAUUGAGAUCAUCCUUGCUGCUGCCGAGACGGAGGUGGAGAAGGCCACCGACAAGUCGACCUCCCUGGCGGGCUUGAACCGGAGACAGGUUGCACGGAAGCGGAUCGAGGCUGCCCGCGAGUAA